UUAAAGGCGGGAAUGAAGCCAAGUCUGAAUCCAAGUCAUCAUAUUCCUGCAGACAGACAGGUGAAUCAAGUCAAAGAGAUGAUUGUCUUGCUGUUAACUUGCCUUGUGGCUCUUCUGUGUCCCACCGUCUACAGUGCGGACGCUUCAGUGGAAUGGUGCUAUCACAAGCCAACAUGCAAUUUUACCACCUGGCCUAAAAUUGCCCCACAAUAUUGCAAUGGAUCCAAGCAAUCUCCCAUUAAUAUUGUGACUACAAGUGUUCAGGAAAAUCCUAACCUGACCUCGUUUAACUUCACUGGUUUUAAUGACAACUCCACCUUCGUGAAUAUCAAAAACACAGGCGAAUCUGUGCAGGUCAACUUGGAUAAUGAGAAAAUGACAGUGCAAGGAGGUGGUCUUCCAGGCCUUUAUGACACUUUACAAUUCCAUCUCCACUGGGGUAAUGGCAGCUCCUCACCAGGCUCUGAACACACCGUGGAUGGCAAACAAUACCCAAUGGAGCUGCACAUUGUAAAUCUCCAUUCAAAAUACAACAAGAAUUUGUCAGCUGCUCUAGAUGCCAAAGACAGCACAGCAUUGGCUGUUCUUGGAUUUUUCAUUGAGGGAACCAAUGAAACGAACAAAACAAAAGGUUGGGAUAUCCUAACGUCAUUUUUGACAACAAUCCCCAAUUCAGGUAAACAAAUAGUUUGUUUAUUGAGUCAGGUACUAUGA